UUAAAAUAUAUUAUAUGUAUGUUAUAUUAUUUAAAUUUAAUUAUGUACCAUAUCAAAAAGAAAAAAUGUAGUUUGGAUUAAUAAAAUUUAUUUAUAUGUUCACACCAAUAAAUAAUUACUGACUUUUUAAUUAUCCAAUAUAUAUUUAUUAUUUCAUAAUAUAUAAAAAUCAUAUAAUCCAUAAAAUAAUUUUUGUAUAAAAUGUUGAUUCUGUGCAAAACACGAAUUUUAACUUAGUUUAUAUCAUAAUAAAUCAGCGUUAAAAUAAAAGAAAAGAUGGUUACAAUGAACAAAUAAUAAUAGUUGGAAAGAUGUAUAUUUGGUGAGUAGUCAUACUAAGUUUAGACUAAAAUUAUGUUAUUUUAUUCGCGGAAAUUGCUUGGAAUUUUCAAGAGGCCGUUUCGGAUUUGAGUUCCUGUCUUCAUAGUCAAAGAAGAAAAAUCAAUCUAUAAUAGUCCUUUCGUGAUUAUAAUUGAGCUGCAAUAGAACUCGUCUUCAGGAGCUUACUCUAGUUGUUUUCCUCUGUCGGCCAUGAAGUGUUUAGGAGUAUCUACAUGUUUGAUGCUUAAGAUGAACUUAUUAGUAUCUGUGGGUUCCUUUUCUUAAUUUCUUAUUUAUUCUUCGAAAUCUUUUACGAAAUCCUGGGAGGUUAAUCUAUCUACCGAGGAGGGCGCUCCCGAUCUUCCUAUAGACCAAAAUAGUUAUGAUAGCUGCAUUAUUUUAGCAUUCAUAUCCCAGUGAUUUAUCAGAGUCAUGUGUUAUCUUCCUGUCAAUCUUCUAACGAAGUGAUUUGCAUUUCCUAUCUUUUAUUUAGUUAGACAAAAGAUGUAACGGGUGGACCAAUUCAACUUAGAGAUAUAAAUCCUUUCUUUCCUUUUCUUUCAACGAAACUGUGAAACGAGACGUGGCAAGUAGGAAGUGGCUACCAAAAAAAAAAAGUAAUGUUUCUAAAGACUUUCUUGCCAAAGUAUUUGGAUUCACACGCUAUUUUGACUACGGCUGGUUGACACUUGACACUGACAGUGUUAACUUGGAGUCAACUCUUAUAAUCGAUCUUGAGCAAGAUUUAACCAAGACAACUAAACACCACUUUUUCGACAGAUCAGUUGGAAGAAAAGAGAUCCCAAGAGGUGACUAUUGUUUUUAUUUCUUUAGUUUUCUCAUUUCUUGUCAAGGAAAGUGCUUUGAUAUAUUGCAUUUUGCAAAUCUUCUUUUAUCUCAAUUAGUUCAUGUCUCUUUAGAAAGUUAUGAGUACACUAAUUCUGUAAAUUUUUCCAAGAAAAUAUGAUCUAAAACAUAAACUCCCCGUCCUGGAUUUCCUCUAGUGAUUAUUGAUAUAAAUAUACUAUUUCUACUUCCAUGGUUAAGCAGGAGACAUAUGGCUGAGACACUUUUGUCGUUUGGAGUUCAGAAGCUUUGGGAGCUUCUUGCCCGAGAAUCUGAUCGAUUUAAGGAAGUUAACGAGCAACUUACUGUACUGAAAAGUGAUGUCAACUUGCUUAGGUCCUUCUUAACAGAUGUAGAUGCCAAGAAACAUGCAAGUUCAGUGGUUAGAAACUGUGUGGAAGAGAUCAAGGAAAUCGUUUUCGACGCUGAGGAUGUAAUCGAAACAUUUAUUUUGAAGAAAGAUCUUGGACAAACAAGUGGAAUCAGGAAGCGCAUCAGAAGACUUGCUUUCACCAUAGCGGAUCGCAGGGAACUUGUGUCUCAAAUGGAAGGCAUAAGUAAGAGAAUCUCCAAGGUGAUCCGAGAUAUGCAAAGUUUUGGGGUGCAACAGAUGAUUGUCAAUGGCAGCGGGUAUUCAGACACUAUCCAAGAAAGACAAAGGGAGAUGAGACAUACUUUUCCUAGCGACAACGAAAGCGAUCUUGUGGGUUUGGAGGAAAAGGUGAAGAAAUUGGUUGGCUAUUUGGUAGAAGAAGAGAGCAUUCAAGUGGUUUCUAUAUGUGGAAUGGGUGGUAUUGGCAAAACUACCCUGGCUCGCCAAGUUUUUAGUCAUGAGAUGGUUAAGAAACAUUUUGAUGGAGUUGUGUGGGUUUGUGUGUCACAACAGUUUACACGAAAAUAUGUGUGGCAGACUAUCUUUCAGCGGUUUAGUUCCAAUCACGAUGAAAACAGAGGGUCCGAUAUGACUGAAGAUGAGCUUCAAGACAAACUUUUUCGACUACUCGAAACUAGCAAAUCUUUGAUUGUCCUGGAUGAUAUGUGGAGAGAAGAUGAUUGGGACAAUAUAAAGCAUGUGUUUCCACCAACAAAAGGAUGGAAGGUAUUAUUUACUUCUCGCAACGAGAACGUUGCACUACGCGCAGAUCCAGAAUGCGUAACUUUCAAACUAAAGUGCUUAACCCCAAAAGAAAGUUGGACACUUUUUCGAAGGAUAGCUUUUCCUAGGAAAGACACAUCAGAGUUUAAGGUUGAUGUAGACAUGUUAGAGAUGGGCAAGAAAAUGAUAAAACAUUGUGGAGGACUACCAUUGGCUGUCAAAGUGUUAGGAGGCUUGUUAGCUGCCCAACCCACUUUAAGUGAGUGGAAAAGGGUUUAUGAGAAUAUUGGAUCUCACUUGGCAGGAAGAACUAGUUUUAAUGAUGGAUAUUGCAAUUCAGUUCAUAGUGUACUGUCUCUAAGCUUCGAAGAGUUGCCUACUUUUUUGAAACAUUACUUCCUCUACCUCGUCCAUUUUCCCAGAGAUUAUCAAAUCAGUGUGGAGAAUUUAUCCUAUUAUUGGGCUGCAGAAGGAAUACCAAGGCCGAGUUAUUCCGAGGGAGCAACAAUUGAAGAAGUCGCAGAGGGGUACAUAGCAGACUUGGUGAAGAGAAACAUGGUUAUUUCUGAAAAAAAUGCUUCUACUUCAAAAUUUGAAACAUGUCACUUACAUGACAUGAUGAGAGAAGUUUGUCUGCUUAAAUCUGAAGAAGAGAAUUUCCUACAAAUUGUUCACGGUUCAUCAUCGUCAACUGCAUGCUCUAAAUCUCAUCGUAAAUCUCGCAAACUCGCUGUACAUCGGGCUGAUGAAACAUUUAGUAUGGAGAAGGAAGUGUAUAGUCCAAACCUUAGGUCUCUCUUGUUUAUUUGGGGUUCAGACUGGAGGGCGUCAGGUUUAUUCUUUGACAGGCUAAAAAUGAUGAGGGUUUUGGAUCUCUCUAGAGCGCAUUUUGAAGGAGGGAAGAUACCAUCUAGCAUUGGAAAACUCAUCCAUUUAAGAUAUCUAAGUUUAUAUAAAGCACAUGUAUCUCGUCUACCUUCUUCAAUGCGGAAUUUGAAGCAGCUGGUCUAUUUAAAUUUAUGCUUAUAUGCGAGAUAUCCAGUUUAUGUGCCAAACAUUUUUAAAGGCAUGCAAGAAUUGAGAUACCUUUCAUUACCUUCAGGGAGAAUGCAUGAUAAGACAAAGUUGGAAUUAGGUAACCUGAUCAACUUGGAGACGUUGAAGUUCUUCUCAACAAAGCAUAGCAGUGUGACGGAUCUUCACUGUAUGACAAGACUAAGGAAUCUCUUAAUCAUAUUCAACCAAGAGGGGUGUACUAUGGAAACGCUAUCUUCGUCUUUAAGUAAACUGAGACAUCUGGAAAGUCUUAACAUAGAUUACAAUCACUUCAAGGUUUUUGCUCCAACAAAUGAUGAAAAUGGAUUUGUUUUGGAUUGUAUUCAUCUAAAAAAGCUGGAGUUGUGUAUAUACAUGCCAGGGUUACCUGAUGAGAAGCACCUUCCUUCUCACCUUACAACCAUAUCUCUAACUGGUUGUCGUUUGAAAGAGGAUCCAAUGCUGAUUCUAGAGAAAUUGUCACACUUGAAAGAGGUUGAUUUAGGGAAAAGAUCAUUCUGUGGGAAGAGAAUGGUUUGCUCGAGGGGUGGGUUUCCUCAGUUGCAGAUGCUAUUAUUUCUUGGAUUACAUGAGUGGGAAGAGUGGAUAGUAGAAGAAGGUUCAAUGCCCCUUCUUCAUACUCUCGAUGUUAGUUAUUGUGCAAAAUUAAAGGAGGUUCCUAAUGGGAUACAAUUUCUCACUUCUUUAAAAGAUCUGUGUAUGGGAGAGGAAUGGAAGAAGAGACUAUCAGAAGGAGGAGAAGAUUAUUACAAAGUCCAACACGUCAUUUCUGUUCGGUUUGGAGGGAAAGCUUGAUUUUAUACUAGGUAAAAUAUUAUAACCACACAUCUAAAAAUUUGAGAGGAAAAUUUGUUGUCUUGAUGAGUUUGUUGUGUGUAAUCAGGACCUACAAUUUAUGUCUUCAUGUCUGCAGGGGGAUUAUCCGGCGUCGAUUAGGAACCUUAGCCUCACCGACUGGAUAUUGUCUCCAUCCACUAAUUAACGCUCAUCGUCCACUAAUCAUCGCUUUUCCAUCGUCCAGGUCAUUGAUAUGACCAUCGAUCUAUCACCACCAUCCAAGUAAGGUCCCAGCUCCAAUCAAUGGCAAUGGCAGGUAGCAGUGUCCAUAGCCAGCCCUAGGCUAAAGCUGGUAAAACCCAUGCUUUAGACACCAAAUUAUGUUAUAGUUUUAAGGGGCAGCAAAAUUGUUAAAGUUCAUGGUUCGGAAUAUUACUUUAAAGUAAACAUGGAGUGUUCGAAGUCUUAAAUGUACACAUCACAUGCUAAACAUCACAUGCUAAACAGGUGAACAUAUUCUAUGUGUUUCUUAUGUGUAUUAAUUUUCUUACUACUGCAUUAACCAACAUUCUAGAGUUUUCUCUGCAGCCCUUUGUUUUUUUCUUAUCACAAUUUUCCCGGGUUGUCUAUUUCUUAGGUUUUGGACUAAAAGAGGCUAUGAUCCACGGAAAGGUCAUGAGUCUCGUGUGUGAAUUGUGUCUCUCUCUAUAAACAUUCAUUUAAAAUGAAUGGUAUGUGAUAUGGUAAAGUAGAAUUCUCAUUUUAUGUACCUUCAAAAUCAGACUAGAACAGAAAAGUUUGUCAAAUCUCUUCCUUUUUUCUGCAUCCAGUCUGCAGGUGUAUGUUAAACCUUUAUACCUCGAAUUCUUUUUUUUUGAACAACUUUUACCUCAAAUUCAUUUGUGUAUUUUUAUCCGAUUCCAAAGAAUGGAGUCAGGGUUCCACCUGAAUUAAGGGGGUAUUGUGAUGCCAAUUCAACUAACAAGUAAGCGUUUCCUAUUUUCUUAUAAGCUCAUUCCUUUUUCUAUUGAAAAUGGGACAAAAACAUAAAAAAAAAACAUUAUAACAUUUAUUUGAAAGUAUUGAUCAGUGGUGAAAAUAUAUAAAAGGAUGGGAAGUGUGUCCAAAUUCUCCAGAAACCACUUAGAUACAAAUUAUACAAAGAAAAAAAUUAAAAAUUUGGAAACAUUUAAACAACCAGCACAUAUGCUCUAUUAACAAAUUCAUAAAUAAUAAGUUACUAGGUUAAAAGUCGUGCCUUGUGCAGAAUAAUCAUUGUGUAUAUGAAUUCCUUUAACGUAUUACUGCCUCUAUUCCUAAAAGAUUCAUGUUAUAGUUUUUUUCACACUUAUUAAGAAAACAUAUAAUAUUGUAUUUCUCAAUACAUUGUUUUUCUUAAUUAACUAUUUCCAAUAAAUUUUUAACCAAUGAUAUUUUAUUAAACCAAUUGUAUUUUUUUAAAAGUACAAAUUUUCAUUAGUUAAUGUAUUGAAAAUGUAAAAAAUCUAUCUUUUUGAAACAAUUUUUUUUUCUAAAACAUGGAUCUUAUAGGAACGGAGGGAGUAUUAUUUUUUAUUUUUAUAUAUUAUGAAAUAAUAAAAUAAUAAACAUAUAUUAAAUAAUUAAAAAUUCAGUAACUAUUAUUUAUAUAAUUAAAUUGGCGCAUGAACAUAAAUCAAAAAAAUAACUCUUGUUUAUUUACUAUAAUUUUAUGGUAAAUAAAUCCAAACAUUCACUUUUGUAUAUUUAUAUGGUAUAUAAUUAAAUUUAAUUGAUAUUAAUAUAUAUAGUAUAUUUUCAUAUAAGUAUAUAUUAAAUAAGGUUUCAUACUCAUUUUUUUUUAUUAUCACUUGUAUCUUCUUAAAUCAUUGAUAACCAGAUUUUCAAUAUGAAACUUUUAAUAUUUUUAGUAAUUUAUAAUUAUCCUAAAAAUUUAAUGCAAAUUUCAAAAUUAAAAUAUUAAGUUCUCAAUUUUUUGUUGAAUGCAAAUUUUGAAAUUAAAAAAUUAUGUAUUUUCUAUGGUAUACAUUUUAAUUUACAGGAUUUUUAAAUUAUGUAUUUUAAUCUGAAAAUUUAUUAAACAAGACUUUAUACUUAUAUGGUUUGAAGAUUAUUUGUAUUUUGUUAUAAUAAAAACUUUAAUCACUAAUCACAAAAUUUUCAAUAUGAAACUUUAACGAUUUUAGUAAUUUAUAGUUAUUUUUAAUUUAGUUAACUAAAUAUAUUAAUUGUAAACUAAAAAUUUAAAGCAGGAAAAAAGGAGUUAGAAUGAACCAUAUAUAAAAACAUUCAAGAGGAGUAAAAAAAAAGUAAAACAACAAACCAGAUUAGGGAAAGAAAAAUGACUAAAAUAAAAAGAAAAAAAGGCACACCAAUUUAUACAUAUCUUACAUUACUAUAUUAUAAAUAAAUGUACAAUUUUCAAUCAAAUAAUAAAUAAUGCCUAUUACAUUUCAAAUAUAAAUUAUUAUUUUUAUUACUGAAGAACAUUAAAAAUUAAACAUCCUACAUUAAAAUUUUAAUAAAAUAACAGAAAAUAAAGGAACAUAAUUAAAAAAUUGAAAAUAAUAAA